AUCUAAUCUCCAUCUGCACGCGUCCUGUUUUCCUCAUCGCCAUGUCAGUCGCGCGCAGGGUCGUGAUUGCUCCAAAGCAAUGCUCGUCCGAAAAGCUGCAGCACCUGCGGCUGCCGCACCCGCGUGCCAAGUCGGCCAGCAGCUACUAUGCAGAUGUGCAGAACCAGAUCCUGCUUGAAGCAACAAAGGUCGACAUGAAAGGAAAGCGCUCGUGGCUUGGCGACAACUGGGUUCAGGGAGACGGCUCUUUGUCUAUCCUGACGCCAACCGACCCCCUGUUCAUCUAUCUGAAGCUGAUCACCGAAGAAUCAAGGAUGAAGGACGGCAGUUACAAGUUCAUUGACAUAGAUAGCUUGAAGCUCGAGUCCCACGGCACCAAGGACGCUGUAUCGUUGAGCGUGCUGUUCAGCAUGAAGGACGUGAAGCGGCGGGCCAUGGAAACGCUGUGCGAAGUGCAGGAGAUCAACGAGGAGACAGUCAUGGUGAAGGUUUCCGAGGACAAGGUGGUCAGGUGGCUCAAGAAAAAGUGCAACCUGGCAAUGUUUCCAAGAGCACUUGAAAGGACGGUCGUGGCUGUAGCCGGCAAUUGCGGCGAGCAGGUGCGUGAAGAGGCGAUGCUGCGCGAAAUGGUGUAUUUGGUUGCUGAGUACCUGGAGGAGGAAUGGGUUGGCAAGCUAGUGGAGGCGUUUGGUGGAUUCAAGUUGAUAGAGGAGCACGAUAAGCAAGUGGCUGGCGCAAGGAAGAGUGCUGUGUCGUAUGAUGGCCCCGAGUCGUAUACCCCUGGGAUGAUGGCAGCGCCUGCUAUCAAGGCGGCCAAGAGCAAGGCGGCCAAGAGCAAGGCUGCCCCGUCGCGGCCCAAAACGAGAACCAGCACGCAGACAGGUAGCUCGGCCAAAAAGACAAAGACCCUGGAUGGGUUCUUUCCGUUAAAAGCAGACAAGAAAUGAGUGGAUGUAAGGUAUAUUGCGGGGUAGAAAUUUGGAUGGGGAGUGAUAGUGGAAUGAAGGUAUGCGCAAACAUGAAGAGCUGUGUGAAGAGAUGAUAUGGAUUUUUAGAAG